CGCCCAGCGCCCGCCCCCGACGUGGAGCUUACGUCACGUCCGGCGGCGGCGGCGGCGGCGGCGGCAGGUGGGUUGGGCGGCGGUGGCAGCGGCAGGUGGGUUGAGUUUUGUCCCUCAGGCCGGUGGGGCGCGCGCAGGUGUCUUUGGUGUCCCGCCGCUUCCUUCCUUCCCUCCUGGCCCUGGGUCCCAACGGUGCUCUCCUGCCCGCCGGUCGGUCAGCGCACAGAGCACGGCGUCCUCUGCUUCUCGCGGACUACUUAGUCUCAACCCGGAAUGAAAUAUGACUGAGGACUCUCAGAGAAACUUUCGUUCGGUAUAUUAUGAGAAAGUGGGGUUUCGUGGAGUUGAAGAAAAGAAAUCGUUAGAAAUUCUCCUAAAAGAUGACCGUCUGGAUAUUGAAAAACUUUGUACUUUUAGUCAGAGGUUCCCUCUCCCGUCCAUGUACCGUGCAUUGGUAUGGAAGGUGCUUCUAGGAAUCCUGCCUCCACACCAUGAGUCCCAUGCCAAGGUGAUGACAUAUCGUAGGGAGCAGUACUCAGAUGUCCUUCAUGCCCUGAACGUCAUUCGCUUUGUCAGUGAUGCCACACCUCAGGUUGAAGUCUAUCUCCGCAUGUAUCAGCUGGAAUCUGGGAAAUUACCUCGAAGUUCCUCUUAUCCACUGGAGCCAGAAGAUGAAGCAUUUCUUGCCAUAGCUAAAGCCAUGGAGGAAAUGGUGGAAGAUACUGUCGACUGUUACUGGAUCAUCCGAUGCUUUGUGAACCAAUUAAAUACCAAGUACCAAGAUUCUUUACCCCAGCUGCCAAAAGCUUUUGAACAAUACUUGAAUCUGGAAGAUAGCAGGCUGCUGACUCAUCUGAAGAUGUGUUCUGCGGUGUCCAGACUUCCUUAUGAAAUCUGGUUCAAGAGGUGCUUUGCGGGAUGUUUGCCGGAAUCCAGUUUACAGAGGGUUUGGGAUAAAGUUGUGAGUGGAUCCUGUAAAAUCCUAGUUUUUGUAGCUGUUGAAAUUUUAUUAACCUUUAAAAUAAAAGUUAUGGCACUGAACAGUGCAGAGAAGAUAACAAAGUUUCUGGAAAAUAUUCCCCAGGACAGCUCGGACGCGAUCGUGAGCAAGGCCAUUGACUUGUGGCACAAACACUGUGGGACCCCGGUCCAUUCCAGCUGAACGCAGCCGCUGGUGGACCAUCUGCCAGGCCCACCCUGAGCAUUUGUGUUCUUUGCAUGUGAUCUGGGAAACUGACUGAAUAAUAGUUUUCUUGCUUUGGUGCUCAAAGUGAUUUUUUUCCCCAAUAAAAUUAUUUAAUUGAAA